UUCGCGAUCAAAUUAAAUCGUGGAUUGCAUCCGGAGAGAUUAAAGAUAAAAGUCAGCUGUUGGAGAACAGGCGUCUUAUUGAAACGCAAAUGGAGCGUUUCAAGAUCGUAGAACGCGAAACAAAAACAAAAGCAUAUUCGAAAGAAGGCCUUGGUGCCGCACAAAAAAUGGAUCCAGCUCAACGCAUUAAGGAUGAGACACGUAAUUGGUUAACAUCUUCAAUUAGUUCGUUGCAAUUACAAAUAGAUCAAUACGAAAGUGAGAUUGAAUCGUUAUUAGCGGCUAAAAAGAAACGCCUCGAUCGCGAUAAACAGGAUCGAAUGGAUGAGUUUCGUGUUAAAUUGGACCGUAAUAAAUUCCAUGUUAUGAAACUAGAAACACUGUUGAGAUUGCUCGAUAAUGAUGGCGUUGAAGCGGAACAGGUAAAUAAGAUCAAGGAUGAUGUUGAAUAUUAUAUUGAGUCCUCACAAGAGCCGAAUUUCGAAGAGAAUGAAUUUCUUUACGAUGACAUUAUUGGCCUGGACGAUGUUGAAUUAUCUGGCACAGGUGUUUCACUUGGUAUUCCAUCAUCAGCCACUACAGACAGCAACAACAGCAAUGAGACGAGCGGUUCGCCGAGCAGCAUAACAUCGGGUGGCAGUCCUGUGCAAUCGCCACCGCCUACAGUGGGCCAACAGCAGCAACAGACACAACAACAGUCUGCGACCGCAGCGCCGGCGGCAGGAACUGCGGCGCUGACAGCUAUAAGUAAUGCGUCGGCGGCGGUGCAACAACAACAACAGCCAAGUAAUAUCAGCAACAGCAACAGCAUGAACUACGCAGCUGAAGCAGCAGCGGCGACGGCAACAACCGGCAGCACAGACACGACGGCCAGCGAUAAGAGGAACAAAAACGACAGCAAUUCUAAUAGCAAAACAAAACAACCUGUUAAGCCAACGGCCGUGCGUGCAGCGAACAGCAGCGGAAAACCUGGUGGCUCGACAACAGAAACGUCUUCAAACAAAGCUGUAAGUUCGACGCCUAAUAAGAAUCAACAACAGCAGCAGCAACCGACGGCCGCGGCAGUGGUCGCAGCAGCCAUGGCAGGACAAGCAGCGCCAACAUCAACUGCAGCCACAGUUAAUAGCUUAGGUAGUGGCGCGCCUACUAUGGCAGCCACCGUCGCAGCAGCGGCCGCAAUGGCCGCAGGUCACAGUCCUGCAUUGCAACAGCAUGCGCCGGCGCCUAGUUUGAAUGCCACAAAUAUAACGACAGCAGCAGGCGGAGCGACAACGGUAGCCGCCGCAGUUGCGUCUAACAAUGGUAGCAGCAACAGUAACAACAUUCAAGGCCAAUCUGUGAUUCAAGCAACGCCAACGAUUGCAUUUGCGGCUGUGGCGAAAAAUAAUACAUCACAUCUGGAAAAUGGACCUGUGCAUCCGGCGACAUCGUAUGCGAUGGCGGCUCCAACGGUAGCGUCUAUCGUUGGGUCCAAUGCACAGCAUCAGCAACAACAACAACAACAGUUGUCCAAUCUUCAAACGAAUUCCUCACAUUUGCAAAACGCGCAUAGCAACACUUCCAACAACAACACAUCCAAUAGUUUAGCGAACGCGGUUCAGCAAGGAAGCGCAGCUGUCGCUGCAGCAGCCGCUUCCGCCGCCGCCGCCGCUGGUGUAGUGGUAAAUAACGUCGGCAGCAAUAAUCUGGCAAAUUGCAUUUCUCCGAAUGGCCUCUCACAAGUAAUUGGAACACAGCAACAACAGCAACAGCAAGUUAUUGGUGUGGCAAACAAUAGCACACGCGCCUCACCGGGCCUGCUUUCACCGAAGCAUAUGAAUGGCUUGCCUGUAUCCGCAGCCAACAUUAAUAACAACAAUAAUAACGCUGUGGAUGCAAUUUCAUUAAAGACGAUGGCUCAGGAAGCCAUUAACCGAUCGGUAAUCGAUACAAAUUCAUUGACGCAAGGACCUGGUCAACACAUUGACAACAGGCAGCAACAACAGCAAUCACAACAGGUCUUGCAGCAUUUCUCAAACGAUACAACUGCCAACCAGCAACAACAACAACAGGCGGGGGGCUUGGCUGCAGCAGCAGUUGCCUUUGCUGCAGCAGCCGCAGCAACCAAUGGACCGACAACAGCGGGCUCGGGCCCAGUUGGUAGUGCAGUGCCUAGUGGACUGCCGGGCUUGGCGAAUACAGCCGUAGGACAGUCGGGAUCUAGUAAUAGCGCUGUUAAUGCGCCAGUGGGCAGCAAAACACACCAACAACAGCAACAACAACAACAUCCUACAAAUGAAGCUCAUAUAACGCCAUUAUUGGGCGUAGCUCCACUUGGCACAUUGCCUUUACAUAAAGAUCAUCAAUUGCAAUUCAAAAUGAUGGAAGCCGCAUACUAUCAUCUCCCAACCCCAGCUGAUUCGGAGAGAUUAAAUAUAUACCUGCCGCGAACACCAGUGCCGACACCACUGCACUAUCCUCAGCAACAACUUCCACUAUACGAUACCGUUGAAUUUUAUCAACGUCUCUCAACCGAAACGCUCUUCUUUGUUUUCUAUUAUAUGGAAGGUUCGAAGGCGCAAUAUUUAGCAGCGAAAGCAUUGAAAAAGCAAAGCUGGCGAUUUCACACAAAGUACAUGAUGUGGUUCCAAAGGCAUGAGGAACCAAAAAUUAUUAACGAUGAUUACGAACAGGGUACGUACAUCUACUUUGAUUACGAGAAAUGGAGUCAACGCAAAAAGGAGGGAUUCACUUUUGAAUACAAGUACUUAGAGGACAAGGAGUUGAAUUGAUUGCUGUGCUUAGCAGCAAGUGUAAAAAGAACUUUUGUUAUAAAAAAUGUUUGAAUAACUUCUAAGCUACAUAAGCCAACAGCAGCAACUACAACAACAUCAUCAUUACCACCUCUUACAACAGCGCAGCAAGCAAGAAUGAAAACUAAAACAACAAUCAUCAGCUGAAGUACUACGUUCGCAUUCACUGUUCAAGUUUUUCCACAUGUUGUUCCUUUUUAAAUUUGCUAUGUUAAUUUUUUUUUUUUUUUACUGUUUAUGAGCUCUGCAAAUGCGUUAAAACGAGAAAAGAAAGCGAAAAAUAUCAAAUCUACAACAUACAAUCAUA